AGAAAAGGUCUUCCUUCUGUUCUACACCAGUGGAAAGACAAACAGAACUAGAGGAAAGCAAACAAACAUCAUUAAGGAUAUUUUGUAUUCUACACAUUCAAUAUUUCAAAGUAUAUUACCUACUCAAAAGUCCAGUAGAAAUCAAGAACACCACAGUUGACUCUGCCAAAGUCAGGAAGUUAAAACCUUAAGGUGAAAGAGACAAAGUAAACAUUAUGCAACUAACCUGAUAAUCCUACUGAACUGGUCAAGGCAUGUCAGUUUUUACUCUCCUUGGGUACAGAAGAUGAGUCAGUUUAAACUGGAACUUCACCUGUUGUACUAUUAGCUGCAAUCUGUUCUGUCUGGUUAACAGCUCCCAGUAGUAAUUAGACUGACUUGUCAAGGCCAACAGAGACACGCACGCUGCACAUACUCACUUAUGCCCAGGGUCCAAGAGCUACGUGGAAAUCUUUGUACCCUCCGUCUCCUCUCCUCAGCUGUUUCUUUUCAUUGUGUUCCUACAUCUGUGCACAGUGUACGAUCUUGAGUGCCAAAUGGGAAAAAUGGUCACAGGAGAUCUUAUCAAGACAGAAGAACUGACAGUGAAAGCGGAGACUAAAACCACAAGGUCACCCUCAAAUACACAGCUGUUUAGCAAGUAUGAUAGUACUUGACAGAAAUUCAAUUUCACUUUUAAGAAAGUUGUCAACAAAAUUUUAAGCACUGCCAUUUUUGCUAAGCAGCUGUUCGCAACAAGCAGCAAAGAAAGAGACCAGUUACAGAGAUCGCUUUCUUUUGCACAUAGUACACGUGCAAAAUACAUGUUGUCCCUUUUGCUGUGUAUACUCGGCAGAGGCAGCCAGUGCAACAGUGAACCUCAAAUGCCAUUUGGAACAUGAAAUAUCGGACUGCACAGGGAAGGACACGAUCUCCUGUCUGAGGAAUGAGAUAGGUACAGACAACACUCAUCUGCACUGGCUUAUCUAAAUUAUAAAUAACCGUAUGAAUGUUAGAGCUUUAAAACUGCUUCAGAGUCUGCCAAAGACAAAAGUGCCAGACACUCAGAGAUUCAGUACAUUGCAUUUAUCCUGGUUUAUUUAAUCACAAACCCAAAGACAGACACUGAUACACUGUCUCACAUGGUCUGUUCUUGCUGGAGAGGAUCAUCCACUGCAGAGAUCUGACACUGUCAUUCUUUUUAUGUACACCUAAUCAGCAAAACUGAGCCCUGAGCCCUGUGCUGUCAGGUUAGCAUGCUGAAGGUUAUCUGGGAUAAAUAUAGUUCAGUUAUCUCUAAACUACAUGGCAAGUACAGCAAACAUACCUGAAGAACCCCACUACUUACCGUCUUCUUCUGUUUUUGACCCUAAUCUGUUGUCGAAAGCAAUUACCCAAUUCCCUUGUGAUUAAAAAGCUUUGCCAUUUCUUUCUUGCCUUACCUGUAUCCAUGAGAAACAUCACAGUCAGCCUUCCCAGAAGAAAUGCACAAAACCUAAUUUUUCAAAGGCUUUCCUUAAGUAUACAGAGUAAAACUUCAAACAGGGUUAGGUGUAAUUGGUUCAAGUGGGACAAGGAAAACCACCAAUGGCUCUUAAAUAGCACAGGGGUGAUCCCACUGACUUCACCAGAACCUCUUCUGCAUAAAAGCACUCUGCAUUUUAUAAACUCCUGUCACCUGCACUACAACAUAAGCAUGAUUGAAAAAUAAGAUCAUGAUCUGUGAGCAACAUCACACAUAGCUGGGAGGGAAAUGCAGAUAACAAAAGUAUUUUUGGGCCCCCUUGGAAAUUUUGCAAUACCAUAAAGCCAGUAAUUGUAAUGGAUAGGUACAUUUGCUGGUUAAUAGUUAACAAGCUAGAAUGCUUCUCUAAAUCAUCAUCUAGAAACCUUUUGAAAGUGAGGGAUUGGACAGUUUAUUCAAUGUAUUAAGCGAGAGAAAAAUCUGGCCAAUAAGGCAGAGUCUGCAAUACUUCAAAGUGAGGGACACGCUAUGUGCAUGAAUAAAAGAGGCAGUUUGUCCUUCCCUAACAACACAAGGUUGAGUGGCUAGUUAAAUUAUCCUGAAUAAGGUAAAUCUGAAAAAUUUGGCAUAAUGAUAGAAUAUUAAAUGCAAAAUUAAUGGCAAGUAACAGUUGAGGGACUCCUGGAAAUACACUGAAAAAAUCAAGUAUUGUUUUGAAGAACAGCAGAAAGAACCACAGAGGACAAAUUUAGGAAGAUUGCUUAGGAAGCUUAUUACUUUAUGAACAAAGACUUCAUAUGCAACAGCACUAGACCCCCUGUUGCAGCUAGAAGAGCAGUCAGUACCUGCAGCCACAGAAGAUCAGAAGACUCAGAAACGUAAGCCUGUCUCAUUCCUGAAGAUGUCAAUGAAUAAUUCUCCAAAUGUAUUCUUGGAUCCAAAUGCAAAUCGGUUUCAAGUUAACAUAAUUAAUGAAAGCCAUGACAGCAAUGAAGCAUCCCAAGAGGACGUGGGCUCUGACCCACCACAUUAUGAAGAAACAUCUUUUACCGAGGAAGCACACAACAGACUGAGAAUCAGUUACAGACCAGGAAAAAGAGAAUUAUAUGACAAUUUUCUUCAAAAUGGGGAGAAAACAGAAGCCAGCUUACAUCCCUGUGAUACGCACAAUAAAAUGUAUUAUCUACAAACUUUUGGCCAUAACACCAUGGAUCCUGUUCCUAAAAUUGAUUAUUACCGAAACACUGGCAGCGUCAGUGGGAAUAAGCUCAACAGACCAAGCUUAUUAGAAAUUCAUGAACAACUGGCAAAGAACAUAGCCGUGAGCACCGGCUCAGUGGAGAGGCUGGCUAAUGGAGAAAGCACUGCUGGAGAAGAGACAGCAGCCAGCAAGGAAGAAGAAAAGAAAACAGGCCUUGUCAAGUUUGGAUGGGUGAAGGGUGUGCUGGUAAGGUGCAUGCUCAAUAUCUGGGGUGUGAUGCUUUUUAUUCGACUUUCCUGGAUUGUAGGUCAAGCAGGAAUUGGUCUUGGAGUAAUCAUAAUUCUCCUCGCCACGAUGGUAACCUCAAUUACUGGGUUGUCAACUUCUGCAAUAGCAACUAAUGGGUUUGUCCGUGGAGGUCUUGGAAUCAUAGUUAUUGCUCUGAGCGUAGUAGUAACAACUUUAACAGGUAUCUCCAUGUCUGCCAUUUGCACUAAUGGAGUAGUAAGAGGAGGUGGAGCAUAUUAUCUUAUCUCAAGAAGUCUAGGCCCAGAGUUUGGUGGAUCUAUAGGACUUAUCUUUGCUUUUGCAAACGCUGUGGCAGUUGCUAUGUAUGUAGUUGGAUUUGCUGAAACAGUUGUAGAGCUUCUUAAGGAGAGUGAUUCGAUAAUGGUAGAUGAGUCCAAUGAUAUCAGAAUAAUAGGUACCAUAACUGUUGUAUGUCUUCUUGGCAUCUCUGUUGCUGGCAUGGAAUGGGAAGCAAAGGCUCAAGUUAUUCUUCUAAUUGUUCUCCUUAUUGCCAUUGCAAACUUCUUUAUUGGGACAGUUAUUCCUACCAACAACGAAAAGAAGGCAAGAGGCUUUUUUAAUUACCAAGCAUCAAUAUUUGCAGAAAACUUUGGACCAGAUUUCAGAAGUGGAGAAGGAUUUUUCUCAGUGUUUGCCAUCUUUUUCCCAGCUGCCACUGGCAUCCUUGCAGGAGCCAACAUCUCAGGAGAUCUGGAAGAUCCGCAGGGUGCGAUACCCAAAGGAACAAUGCUGGCCAUUCUGAUAACAACAGUUGCUUACAUAGCCGUUGCAGUAUGUGCAGCCUCCUGUGUUGUGCGAGAUGCUACUGGGAACAUCAAUGAUACAGUUAUACCUGGGAUGAGCUGCAACGGAUCAUCUGCCUGCAACCUGGGCUAUGAUUUUUCCAGAUGCAGAAGUCAGCCAUGUGAUUACGGGCUGAUGAAUAAUUUUCAGGUGAUGAGUAUGGUGUCUGGCUUUGGUCCUCUUAUCACAGCAGGCAUCUUUUCUGCUACUCUGUCAUCAGCUCUGGCAUCUCUCGUCAGUGCACCAAAAGUUUUCCAGGCUCUUUGCAAGGACAAUGUCUACAAAGGACUACACUUCUUUGCCAAAGGAUACGGAAAAAACAACGAGCCAAUCAGAGGAUAUGUACUCACUUUUGUGAUUGCUAUGGCAUUCAUUUUGAUCGCUCAACUGAACACCAUUGCUCCAAUCAUCUCCAAUUUCUUCCUGGCUUCAUACGCUUUGAUUAAUUUCUCCUGCUUUCAUGCCUCAUAUGCAAAAUCUCCAGGUUGGAGACCUGCAUUCAGAUAUUAUAACAUGUGGAUAUCACUUUUCGGAGCCCUGUUGUGCUGUGGCGUUAUGUUUGUCAUCAACUGGUGGGCAGCUCUCAUCACUUACGUCAUUGAACUCUUUCUAUAUAUUUACGUAACAUAUAAGAAACCAGAAGUAAACUGGGGCUCUUCUACACAGGCUCUUUGCUAUAUUAAGGCCUUAGACAGUGCGCUGGCAUUAACUACAGUGGAAGAUCACGUGAAAAACUUCAGACCCCAGUGCAUAGCAUUAACAGGAGCUCCUAUGAUCAGGCCUGCUCUGCUAGACAUCACGCACACUUUCACAAAGAACAAUGGGCUGUGCAUCUGUUGUGAAGUGUACACGGGACCACGCAAGCUGUGUGUUAAGGAGAUGAACAGUGGCAUGGCAAAAAAGCAGGCCUGGCUUACAAAGAACAAAAGAAAAGCCUUUUAUGCAGCAGUGGCAGCUGACAGCUUCAGAGAUGGAGUCAAAAGUCUUCUUCAAGCCUCAGGAUUGGGUAGAAUGAAACCAAAUACUUUGGUGAUUGGAUUUAAGAAGGACUGGAGAAACGCUGCUGUCACACAAGUUGAAAACUAUGUGGGUGUUAUACAUGAUGCCUUUGAUUUUGAACUUGGCACCAUUAUUGUCAGAAUUAGCCAAGGAUUUGAUAUAUCUCAGGUUCUCCAGGUUCAAGAGGAAUUAGAGAAGCUCGAGCAGGAGAGACUGGCACUGGAAGCUACAAUUAAAGAAAAUGAAUUUGAAGAAGAAAAAAGUGGCAUCUGUGGAUUCUUCAGAAAAGCCAGAAAGCUCAAUAUCACAAAACAUGAAAUGAAAAACGAGAGCACCAUUAACACAGUACAGUCAAUGCAUAUGGGAGAAUUCAACCAGAAGCUUCUAGAAGCCAGCACUCAAUUUAAAAAGAAACAAGGAAAAGGCACAAUUGACAUUUGGUGGCUGUUUGAUGAUGGAGGUCUAACAAUCCUAAUUCCUUACAUUCUAACUAUCAGGAAGAAGUGGAAAAACUGCAAAUUAAGGAUCUUCACUGGAGGAAAAGUCAAUAGGAUUGAAGAAGAAAAACUAGUGAUGGCUUCACUUCUAAGCAAAUUUAGAAUAAAAUUUGCUGACAUUAAUAUCAUUUGUGAUAUCAAUAUGAAACCCAACAAAGAGAGUUGGAAGUUCUUUGAAGAGAUGAUUGAACCAUAUCGUCUGCGUGAAAGCUGCAAAGAUAUAACAACUGCUGAGAAAUUAAAGCGAGAGACUCCAUGGAAAAUUACAGAUGCAGAGCUGGAAGCAUUCAAAGAAAAGAGUUAUCGCCAAGUUCGUUUGAAUGAACUCUUACAAGAGCAUUCGAGGGCUGCUAACCUCAUUGUCCUGAGUCUUCCAGUGGCAAGAAAAGGAGUAGUGUCUGAUUACCUGUAUAUGGCUUGGCUAGAAAUUCUCUCCAAGAACCUUCCUCCAGUCUUAAUGGUCAGGGGCAACCACAAGAAUGUACUGACUUUCUAUUCUUAAAUCUAUAAAUAAAUAUUUCUUCCAAAUUGCACAGUCAUAGUUGCUAGAAAACACAAAAGAGAAUGAAAAUCAAAUGCACCAACUUGGACAAGAGGAAAAAAAAACUAUGGCAUCCAUUAGGUCAGAGCCAUAAAGUGAUAUAAAGCAAGCAGAAUACACACAGUGCUGUUUAAUUAUAAUAUUGCCAAAUUAAAACCUAUGCCUAGAGCAGAUGCCUUUACCUAAAUUGUAAUGCUAAUUUAAUGCAAUGUUAAUUCAAAUGUUUCUAAUUAACUUGCAAACAAAAAAAGUUGCAUAGAUAAUGAGAUGUAUUCUAUAUGAGAAGGGCUGAUAAUGAAUUUUCAAGCUCUGACAUGGACUGGAAUAUAUGAUUGCAAUAACUAAAGGUGGUAUGUAAAUUUCAAAAGGAAAUUAGUGAGAUACUAAAUAUUCAGACAAUUUCUGCUAUGAAUGUUAUGAGUUAAGAAAAUCUGAGAUUAUACUUUGGGAUAAUAUAUACAGUGAUUCAUGCAAGUGAUUAGAGAACAAAAUAAAUUUGAUUAGCUGAGUUGAA